AUGGGGAUGGCGCGGUUGUCAGGGCAACCGCCUCCCGCGGGCCCCGCCAUCCAUCACCCGCGGCGGCGGCAGCGGCGCCCAGGCUUCAGGAGAGGCACGCUGGGUCUCGCCUGCCCCGACCCCGCACCCCCACAUAGACUUCUACAGCACCCAGCGAACUCCUAUGCAGCCUUCGUGGCCCGAUCUCAGUGCCCCUUCUCUGCAGAGGCCUUCAUGGCUCCUGUGCAGGCUCAGGCUCUCCUGUCUGGGUUCCUCAGGAUCCUGGCAACAGAAACCAGCUCGCAGCAGGAGCGGCUCCAGGCCAUUGCAGAGGAGAGGAGGAAGCAGGCAGCCAUUGAGAGCAAGCGCAGGCAACUGGAGGACGGCCGCAGGCAGCUCCAGCAUCUGAAGUCCAAAGCCCUGCGAGAGCGCUGGCUGCUGGAGGGGACACCUUCCUCAGCCUCUGAGGGGGAUGAGGACAUGCGGAAGCAGAUGCAGGAGGAUGAGCAGAAGGCCCGGCUGCUGGAGGAGUCUGUCUCCAGGCUAGAGAAGGAGAUCGAGGUGCUGGAGAAUGGAGACGUGGUCCCAGUGACCAAGGAGAAGACAGCCCAGAGUCCGGGCCGGGCCCAAGCCCCCAACCUAGCCCAGGAGAAGGAGGUGGAGAAUUCCCAGCAGACCCCGGUGGCCACACCCAAAGAGAAAUACUCAGUGGUGAACACUCCGGUGCGGAUGGCCGGAGGCUCCCCCAUGAUGAAGGCAGCCAUGUACUCGGUCGAGAUCACAGUGGAAAAGGACAAGGUGACAGGGCAGACCCGAGUGCUGUCCAGUACCACCCUGCUCCCUCAGGACCCCCUCCCCCAGGGCAUCAAGGUCUACGAGGACGAGACCAAAGUGGUUCACGCCGUGGAUGGCUCUGUGGAGGACGGCAUCCACCCGCUGACCUCCUCCGAGGUGGACGAUCUCAUCCACAAGGCUGAUGAGGUCACGCUGAGUGAGGCCGGGUCCACAGCUGGACCAGCAGAGCCCCGGGGGCCCACAGAGGAGGCCGCCCGGACCACACCAAUCCGAAGGGAGAUCACUGGAGUGCAGGCCCAGCCUGGCGAGGCCACGUCAGGUCCCCCGGGGGUGCAGCCAGGCCAGGAGCCCCCGGUCACCAUGAUCUUCAUGGGGUACCAGAACGUGGAGGAUGAGGCCGAGACCAAGAAGGUGCUGGGCCUCCAGGACACGGUCACCGCUGAGCUGGUGGUCAUCGGGGACAUGGCAGGCCCCAAGGAGCCAGCACCACCCAAUGGUAGCACGGCUGAGCCCCCGGCCACCACCGGGGUCAAGGAGGAGAGCCAGAUGGGGCCCGAGGCUCCCGCCAGCGACCCCCAGGACCUCGACCUGAAGAAGCAGCGCUGUAAAUGCUGCUCAGUCAUGUGA